GGUCAACCAACAAGAUAAAUAAACCAUGGCUGUCACAAACGGGGGGCAAUCAAUCAAGUCAAAAUAUCCAACACACCCACAGACAACACAAACCAGUCUCGAACUUCUACCGCCUGCUGAUCUCGAACAAUUCCUUCUCACCUCAACCAAAUCCGGGUGUUGUUGCGCUACAGAACACCCCCCAACCCAUUCGCUUUCCCUUCGUCUUCUUCCUCACGUACUACCACGACGUCAUGUCCGUCCGCCAUCACCUCCCUCGCCUUUCGUCCGUGGCCGGCGAGAUGCUCGAUCUGGAGAAGCACUUCGCCUUCUACGGAGCGUAUCACAGCAACCCGACCAACGUCCUCAUCGACACUCUCUUCGUCUGGCCAAUCUUAUACACCUCCCUCCUCCUCUUCCACUUCACCCCGCCGCUCCUCGACCUGCCCUCCUGGCUCGGCGGCGGCGUCCUGGCCGUCGACCUCGGCCUCGCCUUUGCGGUGGCCUUCGGGCUGUUUUAUGUGCUCAUGGAUCGGAGAGCCGGAUCCUUGGCCGCGAUCCUCUGCGUCCUCUGCUGGGCCGGCAGCGGUUGCCUUGCGAGUCGCCUUGGCUUCUCUCUUGCUUGGAAGGUUGUUCUGGUUGCACAAUUAUUUUGCUGGACUGGGCAAUUUUUAGGCCACGGGCUUUUCGAGAAGAGAGCUCCAGCUCUUCUUGAUAACCUCGUGCAGGCCUUACUGACUGCUCCAUUCUUUGUCUUGCUAGAGAAAUGCAGGUGAUGAAAAAUCUGUGUGGCUAUGAACCAUACCCUGGUUUCCAUGCUGGUGUCAAUGCAAAGAUUGAGGGUGCUCGCAAAGAAUGGCAAACAAGCAAGGAGAAGAAGACAUCGUAACUAUAGGCACUCGGAAAUAGCUGAAAGAAUGCUAGUCCAAAUUUGCUACUCUUGUAAAUCACAUGUUCUACUUUUCAUGUUGAGUUUGUAUACUUCUUAAUCUAGAAUAAGAAUGCUGUUGGGAGUGUAAGGGAGUGUCGGGCAAACUGAUGAACAGCCAAAUAUCAGUAAAAAGUUGUUGACAGUUUCAUGA